AUGGAAAUUCCAAGGCCUGUUGAAGGGGAUAUUGAUAUUGGAACGGGAACGUUCGAGGCCUGCUGGGUCCUGACGACCGUAGUCGGGGUGGCAUUGUUGUUCCGCUAUGCUAUCAAAAUCUGGGUUCGCUGGGCUUUGCCUCAGGUUACUGCGCCCGGGCGAGUCUGGGGCAUUGAAGAUCUAUUCUUCCUUGUCGCGUAUGGAUUCGACGUAACUCAUAUGGCCUUCAUUCAGAAGAGCGCUAAUUGGGGCCUUGGUCGCCAUUUCUUCUACUUGACAAACGAAGAAAGAUCCCAUGCUAUGAGAUGGGACUUUCUGUCUCAACCGUUGGCUGUCAGCUCAGCCAUGAUCUCCCGAACAGGCAUGAUGUGGUUUCUGUUGACUUGCUUUGCUGCAAGUGACAAAAAGAUCCGCAUUUCGAUCAUUGUCUGUGCCAUUGUACAGGUUGUAGCCAAUAUGAUCACUAUUGUUCAGAUUGUAGUGCAGUGCGGUCCAAACCCAUACUAUGUGACGAAUCGAGUACAAUACUUCCAUUACAUGUGGACUCCCCUUCCAGAAGAUGGCUCAGUCCAGUGCCAGUCACCCUCUGUCCAAACUACUAUUGGCUUUGUGCAAGGAGGAUUCAACACCGUCAUUGAUUACUUCCUUGCAAUUCUUGCAGCUGUAGAACUAUGGCAGUUCUUCCUACGAACUCUUCACCGCAACCCUAACCUAUCCUUCUGGUCCCAGUUUGGCAGGAUCAGUGGCACUGUUCGAUCCCGUCGUAUCUGGCAAACCCUCACUCUCAGCGGACCACUACUUCUCUCUGGCUGUGCUUCUAUUGUGAAGACAUAUAAACUCAAGUCCCUCGGCGACAGAGCAGACUUCACCUACAACAUUGUAUCAUUUAUUCUGUGGGUAAAAAUCGAAAACUACAGCAUCCUACUCGCCUCUUGCGCUCCAGUAGCACGUCUCUUCCUCCGUUCGUUCGUGGACCACCGACGUGAAGGCCGCUCACACGGCUAUUGGUCACGUUCUCGCUCCUCGGAAAACAAAGACCAAGACACAGAGUUAAAACGCCGUCGAGCUCGCGCCAAGGAUCAGUGGCUCGACUCGUCGAUGACGGGGACGAACAUCGCGAAUGACGAGGAAAACCCUGCUACUCAAUGGGAGGGACAUGAUUAUGAACGCUCUGAGAGUCGUGUUUCCAGGGCCAAAAUGCCCGAGCAUCUUGAUGAUGGGUGUGUUACGGUGAAAACUGAUAUUGUUGUUCAAGUUGAUGAUGGGAGGUCUACUUCUUCUGGUGGAGCGAGGUUAUUACCUGAUGGUGGCGAGGGGCAAUCAGAUCGAUAUCAUUGA